AUGGGGGCCGGCGGGGACCGCACGCGCUGCAGGCGGCCGGGUUGCGGGCUGGCGCCGGCCGGGGCCGCAGCGUUGCUGGCCGGGGCGAGCUGCCUGUGCUUCUGCCGCUCUCUGCGCGGCGAGUUCGUGCACGACGACGUGUGGGCCAUCGUGCACAACCCCGACGUGCGUCCCGGCGCGCCCCUGCGCUGGGGCGUCUUCGCCAACGACUUCUGGGGCAAGGGCAUGGCCGAGAACACCAGCCACAAGUCCUACCGGCCGCUGUGCGUCCUCACCUUCAAGCUCAACAUCCUGUUGACUGGCAUGGACCCGUUCUACUUCCAUGCAGUGAAUGUGAUCCUACACUGCCUGGUGACACUUGUGCUGAUGUACACCUGUGAUAAAGCUGUCUUCAGGAGCCGGGGGCUGGCCUUCGCCACGGCCUUGCUGUUCGCCGUGCACCCUGUCCACACUGAGGCGGUGGCUGGGAUUGUUGGCAGAGCUGACGUGUUGGCAUGUCUCCUAUUUCUGCUGGCCUUUCUAUCCUACAGCAGGGGUCUGGACCAGUGUGGCACUGGGGGCCGGCUCCCUCCCUCGGCUUCACCCUUCUUCCUGUUGCUCAGUUUGGUUCUGGGGACCUGUGCGAUGCUGGUGAAGGAGACCGGUGUCACCGUGUUCGGAGUGUGCUUGGUUUAUGACUUCUUUUCCCUCCCCCACAAGCAGGACAAAUUGAGCAAUGGGGCCCUCCAUCAGCGUGGCCCACAGCGCCCUGGGAGCCUCCAGCUGGCCUCCCCUCUGGCCCACCCUCAGCGGGAGAACGGGAAGCAGCAGAUCCCCCACAGAGGAGCUUGGGGUGGCUGCCACCCUGGACUGCCACAGGAGCCCAAGAGCAGUGGCAUCCCAGUGUCUCCGCGAGCCGUGUGGUCCCUCAUGAGGUCUCUGACAGCAAGCAGCGAUAGGAAUUGCCUGCUUACCAUGAGGCCAUUUUUUAAAAGGGCCAUUUUGGUUGUAAGUUAUGUCAUUAUCAUUUUGUACUUCCGUCUGUGGAUAAUGGGAGGAUCUAUGCCCCUCUUUUCAGAGCAGGAUAAUCCAGCUUCGUUUUCGCCUUAUAUUCUUACAAGAUUCCUUACUUAUUCCUACCUCUUGGCCUUCAACGUGUGGCUUCUGCUUGCACCUGUUACCCUGUGCUACGACUGGCAGGUUGGCAGUAUUCCUCUGGUGGAGACCAUAUGGGACACGAGGAACUUAGCCACUGUCUUUCUGGCGGUCGUGAUGGCCUUACUGAGCCUGCACUGCCUAGCUGCCCUAAAGGCCUGUUCUCUGGCUCUCUGGAAGGGAACAGCCCACAGCCCACGUUGGAUGAUUUGGACAGAGAGGAGACCUAUUUUCAUGAACACUGACCUGCACACUGCCGGCCAGAGUAGGCUGGAGCACAAGGAAGUCCUCGUGGGCUUGUUGUUCCUGGUGUUCCCGUUCAUUCCCGCCAGCAACCUCUUCUUCAGGGUGGGCUUUGUGGUGGCCGAGAGAGUCCUUUACAUGCCUAGCAUGGGCUACUGCAUCCUCUUCGUGCAUGGACUAAGCAGGCUCUGCACGUGGCUGAACCGCUGCGGCGCCACCACCCUGAUUGCAUCCACGGUGUUGCUGCUGCUACUCUUCUCUUGGAAAACUGUGAAACAGAACGAAGUCUGGCUGUCGAGGGAGGCCCUGUUCAGGUCUGGAGUUGAGACUCUGCCCCACAAUGCCAAGGUUCACUACAACUAUGCCAACUUCCUGAAGGACCAGGGCCGGAACAGGGAAGCGAUCUACCACUACAGGACUGCGCUCAAGUUGUACCCACGCCACGCGAGUGCCCUGAAUAACCUGGGAACGCUGAUGAGAGACACGGCCGAGGCAAAGCGCUACUACCAGCGGGCCCUGCAGCUCCAUCCAAAGCACAGCCGUGCGCUCUUCAACCUCGGGAACCUCCUGAAGUCCCAGGAGAAAAAAGAAGAAGCUGUUGCCCUUUUGAAGGAGUCCAUUAAAUAUGGUCCAGAAUUUGCAGAUGCAUAUUCAAGUUUAGCUUCAUUAUUGGCAGAGCAGGAAAGAUUUAAGGAAGCUGAAGAAAUAUACCAGGCUGGUAUAAAGAACUGCCCAGACAGCUCAGAUUUACACAACAACUAUGGAGUCUUCUUAGUUGAUUCUGGGUCCCCUGAGAAGGCCGCAGCCCAUUACCAGCAGGCUGUCAUCCUCAGCCCUCAUCACCACGUGGCCAUGGUGAACCUGGGCAGACUCUACAGGUCGCUGGGUGAGAAUGACAUGGCUGAAGAAUGGUACAAACGAGCCCUGCAGGUGGCCCGUGAAGCUGAGACCCUGUCUCCCUUGGGAGCACUCUACUACAACACCGGCCGCUAUGAGGAGGCACUACAGGUGUACCACGAGGCUGUGGCACUCCAGCCCUUGCAGAGGGAGCUGCGUCUGGCACUGGCACAGGUUUUGGCAGUGAUGGGCCAGACCAAAGAAGCUGAGAAGAUGACCGAGCACAUCGUAUCAGAGGGGGCCGAGUGCCUGGAGUGCUACCGCCUCCUGUCGGCCAUCUACAGCAAGCAGCAGGACCACGACAAGGCGCUCCAUGCCAUAGACAAGGCGCUCCAGCUGAAACCAAAGGACCCAAAAGUUGUAUCAGAACUUUUUUUCACAAAAGGCAACCAACUAAGGGAGCAAAACCUUCUUGAUAAAGCUUUUGAGAGCUACAACGCAGCUGUGGCUCUCAACCCAGAGCAGGCACAGGCCUGGAUGAACAUGGGUGGGAUCCAGCAUAUCAAGGGAAAGUACAUGUCUGCCAGAGCUUAUUACGAGAGAGCCUUGCAGCUGGUUCCAGACAGCAAGCUGCUGAAGGAAAAUCUCGCCAAAUUAGAUCGCCUAGAAAAGCGGUUACAGGAAGUUCGAGAAAAAGAUCAGACAUAGCGCUGCCCAGCCCAGUCUUAUAGGACCGUGGUGGUGGCUCCAGAAGAGGAUAGAGUGACAGAGGCCUGGCUGUCGCAUCCACAGGGCACAGUGCCAUGUUCAGGGUGGCACAUCCUGGGACAUCUGCUGGCCUCCCUGUGUUAAAGACUGCAUUGUCUUGAAAAAAAGAAAAACAGCAAGUCCAGCAGGAAGUUCUGAGAGGGGCAAAAGGCAGCAACUACACAUUUUAUAGAUUUUUGUUCAGUCUGACUCCCCAUUUCGCUCGAUACAUUUCUAUGCUUUUGCAUCCUGGAGACCUAAUUCCAUUUCUUCCUUAGACUUUGAUGUCCCAGAAAUACAGAAGUAUUGAAAUGCUGUAAAGGAGAGGAUCUAUUCUUCAUGGGAUGAGCUGUUUCAAAGAGGAUAAAUCCUCUAGGGAAGCCGUUUGGGAAUGUGUACCAAGUGGAGGUUCAGGAAUGACUUUUGGAGAACCAUACAGACUGUAUGAGAAAAAGGGCUAUUGUUGAGUGAGCUUUAUCUGAGAUCUUCCUAAGGAUGCUACUAGAGACCUUUUGAGGAGUAAAUUAAAUUCCGCUCUGGUGUGAGUUUUUCCAUUGCCUAAUACAUCAAAAAGGAAGCUUCUGGAGUUAUAUAUGGGUAUCUUUAUCCCAGCACGAAAAUCAAGAGCUUGAUGCCCCUAAUAUUUUAAAUCAUAGGUUUUGUUACAAAUAUUACUGGAGUAGUGGUUCUACUUGAAAAUUUCAAAAGUGCAUUUAAAAUCAUAAAUGUUCCCAUCUUCAAAUAUAUUAUUAUUUUGGUGGAGAAAAAUAGUAUAUUCUACAUAGAAAAUAUUAAAGAUAUUAACUAAGAGAAAUGUCCUACUUUGUUAUCUUAAUGUUUAAAUAUCAUGAAUUUAUUAUAUUUUGAAAAUAUAUUUGAACUGAGAAACCUACAAUAUAUAACAAACUCUUCAUAGACUAACUAGAGGGAAAGAGAGCUCUAUUUAUUUGUCUUCCUAGGCUUAGUGAGAAUUCUGUACUUAAAACAUACAUGAUCAAGACCUGGUAUUUGUCCUGUAUUUGUAAUUUUGGAGAUUUCAUAGAGAAUACUCUAAAAACCUAAGGAAGUCUAAAUUCAUAAUUUUAAAUAUAUAUAUUUGUAUUUAAAGGAUAAGGAAGGCAAAGUUAAACUCACAAUUUGGCAUUUAUUUUUAGGUUAUUUAUUUCAUAACUUAUAAAAUAUUUAAUAUAUACGUACUUCUUUUUUCUCUGUACAUAGUGGUUUUAAUAGCAGCUUCCAGAACUGAGCAUGUAAAAUACAAAUCUAAAUUACAAAACAGUUCAGCUUUAACAGUCCCUAAAAAAAUUGUAUUAUUUGCCGCUAACGUUAACAGAAUUCGGGAUCAGCCUUCAGUGUUUAGGUGGCGGUAUGUUUUGGAAGAGAAGUUGGAAGGCCUAGUUCUGACUUGGUCAUUAUCAUUAAAAACAGAAACACCCCAAGUGGGUGGCUGGCCGUGGUACUGAGCAGGUGUUGCAGAGGUGGUGGCCGCAGGCUGCUCAGGCAGGAUAGAGUGAACCUUCUCCCCUCACACCCCAAGGUCAGGAAUGUUUCUCUCUGUGUUACUCUUUUGGGUUUUGUUUUUGAUUUUUUGGUACUGAGGAUCAAACUCGGGACCUUGUGCUUACGAGGCAGGCGGCGGAACCACUGAGCUAAAUCCCUAGCCCUGUGUUACUCUUGUUAAAGGGAAGCCCAUGUUCAUGGAGGAAAACUUCUUUGGGAAAGAAUGGUAGGGGGAAUGUUUUAAAUACAAACAGUGGCAGACUUUUGAGGUAGCAUGUAUCCAUUUCUCUGUGUUAAUAACCCAAUAGCGUAUAUGUAUUACCAUGAUGACCUUCUGUUUCUAAGUCUUUCAGUCUUGUAGACCACAGAUUUAUCCAAAAUCUUAUUUUCUUCUCCCUCAAAUUAUAAUUCUAAGGCCACAACCAAAAAAAUGUAUUAUAGCAUUUAUUGUCAAGUAACCCUCUACCCCUAAAUUUACAAACAGGAAGCCCUCGCUACAAACAUUCAUUAUCUAGGAUAUUUAUCACAGCUUUUCACAGUAGUCUGAAAUUAAAACUCAUGUUUUGGAAAUUAAUGGAAAAGAUUGAGCCCCAAAUUCUGAAGUAAUUAUGCCUUACUUGUAGUGCUAAGAAAAGUUAUGAGUAUAUAUUUGAUGGACAAUUAAAGUGGCAAUUACGGCCUAAAUGUUUCUGAGGGGAAAAGAGUCAUGUGGCCUGCAGGAGACUUUCCUAGGCUGCCUGAGGUUCCCGCCCUACCCAUCUGUCUCUGUCUGCCUCUUUCUUCUCUGCCCCCCCCCCAUUCUCCGUCUCUUCUGUCACCACACACCAGCAUCUCCUUGAAUGUUAAAAGUAAGCUUUGUUUAAAAAGGGAAAAGAAAGUAACAUUGUUGGAUCAGAUAUUUUUAUCCUUCACCGAAAUGAAGCCAGUGAAAUAGUUUUUUCAGUUGAAAUGGUGUCUAUAACAAAAUAAAUCUCACUCUAUUUUUCAAAAACA